AUGUCUCUGUGCAUGAACCGGCUCUCUGAGGAGAGGAAGCAAUGGCGGCGCGAUCAUCCCUUCGGCUUCUUCGCAAAGCCAAUGCGCAAUGCGCAGGGCGUGAUGGACCUCAAGAAGUGGGAUUGCGGUGUUCCAGGCAAGGAAAAGACAAUGUGGGAAGGUGGGCUGUUCAAGCUUGAAGUUAUCUUUCCCGAUGAGUACCCCACGAAGCCACCAAAGUGCAAAUUCAGCCCGCCGCUCUUCCACCCGAACGUCUACCCCUCUGGCACCGUCUGUCUAUCCAUCCUCAACGAAGAAGAAGGCUGGAAGCCCGCAAUCACCAUCAAGGAGAUUCUGCUAGGCAUCCAAUCUCUCCUCGAUGAGCCGAACCCGGAGUCACCCGCACAGGCCGACGCAUUCAACCUCUUCAAGAAGGACAAGGCCGCCUACGAGAAGAAGAUACGAAGCAUAGUCAAGGACAACCCCGCGCCGUAG